AUGGAGCCGGCGGUGAUCCUGCACGACCCCAACGUGACGUUUGAAGAGUACCUCCACUGGGCCGAAGUCACACGCGCCGAGGAGAAGCAGGCCAACGAGCGGUAUCUACACUCUCGAGGACCCGUGACGCUCAAGAGUGUCGUGAAGGAUCGGUUUCGGAAGGGUGAUGAGCAUGUGAGGUUCCAGGGGGCCAGCGAGGGCAGUGGGAAUGAGGAUGUCGGGGCUGGGACUGGGGAGAAGCGGAGCGGGAAUGGGAGUGGAAGUGAUAAGGCUUUACAACCUGCGGAGAGUAGGGACGGUGGUGUCGUGACGCCAGAGGAGUGGAAGAGGGCGAGCAGGGCGGUGAGAACUGCUGGUUGGGGCGCCGUGUUCUAUCUCAUUACCACGGAUAUCUUGGGGCCGUUUUCCACGCCCUGGGCCUUUGCGCAGAUGGGCUACGGUCCAGGAAUUGCGCUUUACACCGUUUUCGGGGUGAUGUCGCUGUACUCCGGCUGGAUCCUCUACAAGGCCUUCCUUGGCCUCGACUCGGACAGAUACCCCCUCAGAGGCUACGGCGACCUCUACUUCCGCGUCUUUGGCGCAAAGGCACGGCACGCCAUCAACUUUGCUCAAGGUCUCCAGCUCCUGCUCUUCGUCGCCGUCCUAAUCCUCGCCAACGGCCAGUCCAUCUCGCAGAUCAGCAAGGGACCCAACGGCGGAGCGGGCAUCUGCUUCGUGGCGUGUCUUGUGAUUUUCAUGGCGGCCGGGUUCAUCUUGGGCCAGAUCCGGACGCUGCAGCGGUUUUCGUGGAUUGCCAACUUGGCUGUGUGGGUGAAUCUGCUCAUCAUCUUUAUCUGCAUGGGCGUCGUGGCACACUCCCCUCCCAACUUCGCCGCAACCCAGGCCUCCUUCGGCGACACCUUCGGACCCGGACCCGUCAUCACCUACGCCGGCACGCCCCCGCCCGGCAUGGCCUCGGGCGGCUCCGGUUUCCUAGGUUCCAUGAACGGCCUGAACCAAGCCGUCUACUCGUACGGCGGCUGCCUCAUCUUUGCGGCUUUCAUGGCGGAGAUGCGGCACCCGAUGGACUUUUGGAAGGCCCUUCUCUGCGGAGAGGUGUUCAUCUACGUGUGCUACCUCGUCUUUGGGUUGUACGUGUACUCCUUCCAGGGCCAGUACGCCUUCAACCCCGCCAUGCAGAGCUUGUCGCCGUACUGGUGGCAGACGGCGACCAAUAUUCUGGGUCUGGUGACGGGGUUGAUCGCGGCGGGGCUGUAUGGGAAUAUCGGCAUGAAGGUCCUUUACGUCGAGCUGCUGCAGGAGAUCUUCGGGGCGCCGCCGUUAACCGAGUCCGCGGGCAAGAUGCUGUGGGCGGCGGUGAUACCCGUGUACUGGGCUCUGGCCUUCAUCGUUGGCGCCGCUGUGCCGCAAUUCUCGCUGGUGUCUGGGUUCAUCGGGGCGCUGUUUAUCCUGAGCUUCACGUACACUCUGCCGGCGCUGUUGGGUUUGGGCUAUUGGAUUCGGAAGGACGCAAUGGUGCCAGAGGAGGAGUCGUUUGACCCAUCUACGGGCAGGUACGCGUAUGUUGAUGUUGGAUUUCGGCGAUACCGAAGGGGGUUCAUGAAGAGGCCUCUGUUCAAUGCUUGGAAUAUCAUCUACAUGCUGGGAGGGCUUGUCACGACGGCGCUGGGCAUGUAUUCGUCGAUUGAGGGAUUGAUUGCGGUCUUUAACGGGAAGUCUCAGGCUACGAGUUUUGGGUGUGGAAGUCCAGUCUAA